ACAAAACGAAAAGCACAAGAGUAUGAAGAAGAGUCGGGACAGGCGCAACAGAUCUCAACACCGUCACAACCGAACAGUCUACAAAACUCCGCAACCGAGCCAGGAGCAAUGCCCGCAUUGCGACUGGCGGAAUUACAUUGGUGGACCACCGAAGAAGACGUGCGAGCCUUCUGUGCCCGUGCUGGUGUCGAAGGUGAGCUCCGUGAAAUCACCUUUGGCGAACAUAAGAUCAACGGCAAGAGCCGAGGCGAGGCAUAUCUGGAAUUUGCUUCUCCACGUGCCGCCAGUGCCACCAAAGCCGAGAUUGAGCGC